CAAGGAUUUAAAUCAUAACAACCAGACUCUUGAGUGCCAAACGUGUUUUUAAAGUCAUUAAUGACUAAAGCUGCCGGUAAUCCAAAAAUAAACUUAAACAUGUCCAAUAACAAACUACUGGAUAAUGCAAAUCGACUGUGGAAAAUGUUAGAUGAAAUGUCUGAGAAUGACCCGGUUUGCUAUCAAAAAUUUAUUAACAGACAAAUGGAGUCUUUUCAUAAAACUCUAUCUCCACCUAUCAUAAGAUUUGUUGUUAAACUUACACAGAAAUUGAACAAAGAACCUUUAAUAGUCAACUUUUGUGAAUGGUCAAUUAUUCCAGAACCUGAGUCAUCAGAUACUCCAAUUCCUGUGAAAUGUGGUGACAUGUUUAUGAUAAAUGAAGUGAAUGUUAUCACAUUAGCUUUCAAUCCGAAAGUAUUUAUUGAGCAUAAUUUUAAUGAAUCAUUAAAAAAUGAUCAAAUACAUGAUGAAGAAAUAAUUUAUUGCCAAUCUAUACACAAUGAUAAUCGUUAUCAACUUAUUUGGCUUGGAUUAAAUUAUUUAGAAAAUGAGAAAUCUUUAACAACAAUUGAAUCUGAUAGUGUAAAAUAUUCUAAUAAUCCUAUACGUCCAAAAUUAUUAAAAUCAUCUAAUAAAUAUGGAAGUGAACAACAAGUAUUUAAAUCAAUUGGUUAUUUCAUUAAACCAAUUCAAACAAAUAAAAAUAUUAAUCAUGAAAUUGAUUGGAUAAAAAAUUUAACACCAGAAACUUUAAUGGAAUUAAGAAAUUCUAGAUCAACUAUGAAUGAUGAUGAUGAUGAUCAUGCUGUUAGCGAUCAUGAUAUUGAUUUAUGUUCGAAUUCAAUAAAAUCAUUUAAACUUUCUACAGAUCAAUCAAACUAUGAUCAAAAAACAUCAUUUAGUUCAAAUGAGAAGGUGUUGAUUGAAGAGAUAAAUGAAACAUCAGUGAAUUCACAUGAUACAACAUUAGGAAUCCUAAAUUCAAUUUCAUGGUCCGCUAAAGUAAUUAAUUCUAAUUUAAAUAAACAAUCAAAUAAAGUGAAUCAAUUGAAAUUAACUUUCGCAUUACCCGGUAUAAAGUCUGGUAAACAAUGCAACGUCGAUUUAACAAUAAAUCGAGUUAAAUUGGAAGUUGUGGAUUCAUCUGUUGAAUUUUAUCCGUUAGAUCUUCGUUUACCUUGUAAAAUUGAAACUGAUUUAGCAGAAGCAAAAUUCAAUUCGAAAAAAGAAAAACUCAUUAUACUUGUUCCAAUAAUUUCAUCUCCAUGAUUAAUUUAUCUAUCAAC